AUGACGUUGUGGAGUGGAAGAGCUUUUGAAGAAAGAAGAGGGAAUCCAAGAAAUAGAAAUCCUUCGAAAGAACGCAUUACGCGUUCAACGGAUCAGGAAGAAAGAAUGCCCAAGACUAUAAGCUAUUUAGAAAUCAAAACGUCUAACGCGGGAAAGCCUGAAGUGUUGCUAAACGCACCAUUCCCUAGGCAUCUAAUGAAGAAGAAUGAUGAACAUCAAUUCAAGCGCUUUCUUGAGCUUCUAAAGCAGCUGCACAUCAACAUUCCACUUAUGGAGGCUUUGGAGCAGAUACCAACAUAUGUAAAAUUUUUUAAGGAAAUUUUGACAAAGAAGAGAAAAGUCAGUGAGAAGGAAGUAAUAGCACUAACGCAAGAAUGUAACGCGUUAGUAAGCAACAAUCUACCAAAGAAGCAGAAGAACCCUGGGAGCUUCACAGUUCCUUGUUCGAUAGGAGGAUUGGAUAUGGGUCAGGCGUUAUGCGAUCUAGAAGCCAGCAUUAAUCUCAUGUCAUUUUCAAUUUCUAAGAAAUUGGGGAUUGGCGAAGCACAACCUACUUCGUCACCCUUCAACUCGUUGACAGAACAAUUAAAUACAAAGAAGGGAAGAUUGAAGACAUUUUGGUGA